GCGUCCAAAACACCAAAACACCCACAACCACCAUAUCGCCCGCGCACACGCGCGCGUCCAAAACACCAAAACACCCACAACCACCAUAUCGCCCGCGCACACGCGCGCGUCCAAAACACCAAAACACCCACAACCACCACUGCACCGCCACCAUGAGUGGGGAGGAGCGGCAGGCGCUGAUGAAGAAGGACAAGAAGGAUCUCGAGGCUGGCCCGUUUGGGCCACCACAGCCGACGGGGCUGCCUGCGUACGGCAGCGCUACGUCGAGUGCAUAUCCAGGCUCAAGCGCGCCGCCACCACAGGGGAUGAUGCCGCCGGGCCAGCCAGGAGCGCCAAUGGCCGAAAUGAUGGACCCCUCCGGCAUGGCAUCCCCGCCACCACCACCACCGCCUGUAGGGCAGCAGCAACAGCAAGGCGUGCCGAGCGCGCCACCUGCGUAUGUGCCACAGGCCGCAGAGAAUGAGGUGGAUGUCAACGAGCUGCCUCCAGCAUACGAGGACGACGUGUCCUGCUCCGCCGGCAUCAAGCGCAACCAGCACAAGAUGUGCCUGGUGUUCACUCUGGGCCUCCUCACCGUCAUCAUCCUGCGCAUCCUGGCAGCGUUUGAUGUUCUCCCGGAGCCCGCCAACAGCAACCUCAACAACCCCGCCAUCUUCUGGCCCAUCUUUGCCGGCGUGUAUCUCAUCUACUUCAUUGAGUGCACGUGCUCCAGCACAGGCGCGUUCACGCGCAACAAGACCAUGCAGCCCGAGCUGCUCGUGCAGCAAGUACAGCAGUCUCCACCAAACAUCAACUGGUUCAUCCAGUGCUACCAUUACGAGACCCGCCAUCGCACCCGCACCGUUCGCGACAGCAACGGAAACACGCGCACCGAACACUAUACUGAGCGAGUGCGAGUGAACACACACUCUGCCCGCCAAACAUAUACCAUGCCGCACUGGCGUGACUCCAGCCCGCAAUGGCUGCCGCCCACGCACUCCCUGACGAAGCACAAGUUCUACUUUGGGUUUUCGUUCAGCAACGCGUCCGCUGCUCAGCGCUACAACACUGAGAAGGCAAUCUUCAUCGCCACAAACAACAGGGACGUCCACUUUGACUUCAACGAGAACCGCACCAUCGCCGGGUUCCGCAAGCACGUGCUCGGCAUCCGCGAGGGCGCGUCGCUGCCGUGCUCCGUGCGCCAGGACAUGUUCUGGCUCACCGCCGUCUUGGGUCUCUCGUGGCUCUUCCGUGUCCACCUCUCCUCCUUCACCGGUCUCCACAGAUACACGUUCAUCAAGCUCAUCGACGCCUGAACGUUGUUGUGUGGUGUUGUGUUGUUGUGUAUGUUGUGUGGUGUUGUGUUGUUGUGUAUGUGGUGUGUGUGUG